GAGAGCGAGAACGGAGCCACAUAUCGCCCGUCCUCCCGUCUGUCUGCCCGCCCGCGCCCGUCUCUGCCCGCCUCUCCUCCCGCCCUCCUCUCGCCGCCCCACACUCACUCACGCAUAUAUCAAGCCUGGCCCUCCCGCGCGGCGCUCACUCACGCACGCACUCAGGUGUACUAUGUCAGAAGGCGUGCUAACUUUGCCGGACUCAGGAAGAAAUUGUUGAAGAGUUGAAGUGAGUGCGUGUGUGUGUGUGUGUUGCAGCCCGCGUGUGGACUCCUGGUUCUGUUUGACUGCUGGUGGCGUGAAGUGACCGCGUACCACCACCACCACCACCACCAUGACCCUGGGAGGAGGCUGCCGGUUGCUGCUGGUGACCCUCGUGUUCUCCCAGGCCCUGGCGCUGCCCCACCCCCAGCCCCCCGACGUCCUGGGCCUGGACGAUGACUGGACAGAAGGAGGACGAGAUCUGGACGUGUUCCUUAGGCAGACGAGGAAGCACGCACGCCCCAUGUUCUACAUCAACUGUGGUUACCGAGACUUGUGUUACUGCUACAGCAAGAUCACGCGCCACCACUACUGCUGCUCCUGUGAUGUGGGCGCCUGCUUUCCCGCCCACGCCCGCGCCGCCACGCCCGCAGGCACCUCCACGCCCAUGCACCACCUGAGGACCGGCGACCAGGUGUUGGCAGUGGACAGCGCGGGAUCGGUGGUUGCAAGCCGGGUGCUGGGGUUCCUGGACAGGCGGCCGAGAGAGACAGCCCUCUAUCUCACGCUGCGCACUGCCCGGGGCCACAACCUCACCCUGUCCCCCAACCACGUGCUCUUCCGCACCGCCCCCAACGCCUCCCAGCCCGUCAGCGUGUUCGGCGGGGACGUCAACGUUGGGGAUGUGAUCUUCUCGGCUAACCAGACCGGCGUUGAGCCCACGGAGGUCGUCGCUAUUGAAUACGAGGUCAUGCAAGGAGCUUACGUCCCCCUGACCAAAGAGGGAACGCUGGUGGUGGACGGUACCUUCGUCUCCUGCUACGCCUCCUACAGACACUCCCUCGCCCACAAGUUCCUGGCGCCUGCUCGAGCACUCCCGUCCCUGCUGCGUCUUCGCCCGGGCUACCUGACGCGGAUUGUGACAUCGGCUCAGCAAGUGGUGUGGGAGAUCUUGCAGGGCAUCUUGGGGAGUGAGGGAGGCGUGGUAGGACAGGAUGUGCUGCUGGUGGAGGAGGAAGGGGAAGGGGAGGCAUUCCUGGUGAGUGUCGUGAAGCAGAUAGGCCGCCUCUGGUACUCCUCUGAGCAGGCCACGCCCUUCGUGAUGCAGGUCAGGUCCUCAGCGCCUCAGGACGGCCUCCUCCAGAAGCUAUGGCUGCCUGUGCCCCUUCCCCGCGUGGCCUCCUCCCUCAUGGGGCUCCUCACGCGGACAUGGUAACGCCCUCGCUGGCACCCUGGCCCCCCCUCACCCCCACCCUGCCUUUCCACCUCCCCAGGUUCACCCUAGAGGGGCAAAUGUCGUGACUGUUACCUCGGCGUCACGAAGAGAUGCUCACACCCGGAGAAAAGGCACUGCUGAGGGAAAACGUAAUGAUGCGCUCAGGCUACAUAGCACAGACCUUGUCCUCGGCGCCUCCUGCACGAGCCCUUGAUGUGAAGAGUCAAGAGACACAUCAACUCAUACAUAACGUGUCAGUACAUUACAUAUUCAACUAAUGCAUCACUUCACGCACGUACAGUCAGUCAGUUAGUCAGUCACACCCGCAAACACAAAGACGGAUUCUGUCACACACGCUCCCUCACCUUCCCUUCUCAGGACAGACGCACAGCCCGACUAGGAGGGAUUCCGACAGCUUUCAGGACCCCGCCAGCGAAGGGACUGGUCAAAACAAGCCCCCCCCCUUCUAAGUAACUCACGUAAAUGCCACAGAUGACUCCAGAAAGACGCCCUGUAUACGCUUAUCGUGUGUCCCACCUCCCCAUAACACUUGUAUACCUCCUAGUUAUUAAUUAAAGGUAAACUUCAAAUGCAUAA